AGUUCCUUUAGGUCCAAAAUAAAAAAUACAUUCAUUUUUUUUGAUAAAAAGUGGAAUUUAUCAUUUUUUUUUGAUAAAAAGUGCAAUUCUUUCCUUCAUUACACAUUUAAAUCGCAUUUUCCUUUUUUUAACACCUUUUUAAAUCAACAAAAUGAAAUUUACUUUCGCUGUUACCCUUUUAUUAGCUAUUGUUUCUGUCGCAAAUGCAGUUGACACUAUAAAACCUUUAGCACCAAGUAAUUUUUGUAAAGCCAGUAAACUUACUCCUGCUGAUGGUACUCAACUCAAGCAACCUAGUUGUGUCAGUCUCGAGAUUGGUCAAAUUCCCGCUGUCGAUAAGAUGGUCUCGGCUUUAAUCGUCAAUCCAAGGAAUGGCCAAGCAAUUAAACGAAAUACAGCAUUCAAAGUUGAUACAAAAAUUUCAAAUUUAGCUACUGGAUUCUUUUCUGAUCCAGCUGUAGAUUAUUAUCAAAUUCAACAAACUCUUGAUGGUAAUGGUGUAAUUCAAGGACAUAGUCAUAUUACAAUUCAAAAACUUAAUGGAAAUAAUCUUCUCGAUCCUCAAGUGUUUGCGUUCUUCAAAGGGUUAAAUGAUGCAGCUGUUAAUGGUGUAUUGAGUGUACUUGUUGAAAAAGGACUUCCUCAAAAAGGUCAAUAUCGUAUUUGCACGAUGAACUCUUCAAAUUCUCAUCAGCCCGUCGUUAUGCCAGUUGCUCAAAGAGGUGCUCAAGACGACUGCAUUAGAAUUAAUGUCAUUUAAAAUAAUGAAAGUAAAUAACUAAAAAAGGUAUAACCUGCCCAAAUUUUAGUUAAUAGUGCAUUUUUUUAAUAGACAGAUUUGUAAAUUUUCUAAAAAAUUUUUUGGCAAGUCUAAAAAAUAAAUGAAUUUACAAAAUAUCAAUUAAUUUUUUCUUUAUUAUUUUAGUAUAUUUAGUUUUAUUUUAAUUCUUUAGAUAAGAUUAAAUAAAAAUUAGUAAUUUAAUUAAUUUUUGGGCUUUUCUUCUUUUUGUAAUUUACAAAGUGUUAUAAUAUAAUAAAUGCGAAUUUAGAUAUAA